CUGGACCCUGACGAUCCCUGAGCCUUUCAGCUGCUGAACGGAGCUUGUUCUUGGAACUACAGCUCUGACGCUGGUUACAAUUGCGUGUCCGCACCACUACGAGCCGCUUUUCAGGCCAUCUCAUACCUCUCCCUGCGGCAGCAGGUCAGACAGGCUCUGAUCAUGGACUCGUUACUGCGAUACCUUCCCCAGCACGAUGGGCUUCUUCCGAAGUGGCUCCUGUUCGUGUCGCUCGUCUCCGUCCUCAAUAGUGUUCAAGCGUACGUCUCCCUAAAGCCCACCCAGAAGGUAUACUGUGGUCCUGCGCCCGCCAAAGCCGCUACUCCAGCCGCGGCGACCUCGCCCGUCACGCCGCUCUCAGCGCGUACCUUCGGGACCUGGACUUUGCUCUCGAGCGUGAUCAGACUGUACGCCGCGUACCAUAUAAGCAACCCGCAGGUUUAUGAGCUUGCUUUUUGGAGCUAUGGCGUCGCGUGGGUCCACUUCUUCACUGAAUGGUUGGUUUUUGGCAGCACCCGCAUGGGCGCUGGCUUGGCUGGACCCGUCGUGGUGGCGAGCAGCAGCUUGUACUGGAUGUGGUCUCAAUGGGGAUACUAUGUGAAAUGAUUCUAUACACCGGAUGAGAAUCCAAGCAAGGUGAACAAGGGUCACGUAUGUAAUUGAGAUUCAGGAUUAUAGAAUUGACGACAUCACUGGUCGCCUAGCAGACGUUACCCACUCAAUUGUGCCUCAGCGAUGCCCAUAACAACCUUUCCACUGGUUGCACUCCCCAGCUCUAGCUCCUGUUGGC